AUGAGUUCCGGACUCGAUAUCAAGAAGAUAGCCAUGAUCGGCUGUGGCAGCAUGGGCGGAGGCAUGGCUCUCCUCUUCGCCGAAAACGGGGUCGAAGUCUCGCUGCAAGAUCCAUCCGUAGAAGCCAUGGACCUGGUCAUCGAGACCGCGAAGAAAGAUGAGAUCCCUCCGGAGAGACUGAAGAAGUACACAGACUACGAAUCCCUUUGCAAAAGCCUGGACUCCCCCAAAGUCUUCUUCUUCUCCCUCCCGCACGGCAGCGUCGGCGACACCGUCCUCGACGGCCUAACGCCCUACCUCAAGAAAAACGACAUCAUCAUCGACGCCGGCAACGAGCACUUCACCAACACGGAGCGCCGCCAAGGCAAGUGCGCCACGCGAGGCAUCCGGUAUGUCGGCAUGGGCGUAUCUGGAGGCUACCAAGCGGCUCGCCAGGGACCGUCCAUGUGUCCUGGUGGAGAUGACUCGACGCUGGAUCAGGUCAUGCCGCUGCUGGAGAUGGCGGCGGCGAAGGAUGAAAAGGGGAGGCCGUGUGUGGGGAAGGCGGGGACGGGUGGGUCAGGCCAUUAUAUCAAGAUGGUGCAUAAUGGCAUCGAGCAUGGGAUGAUGUGUGCGAUCUCGGAGGCCUGGCAGAUCAUGAAUGUAGGUCUGGGCAUGAAUUAUGAGGAUAUUGGGGGCGUCUUUGAUGCGUGGAACAAGGAUGGGCCGUUGCGCAACACCUUCCUCAUCUCCAUCGGCGCCCUAAUCUGCCGCACCCACUCCUCUGACUACACGCACGAAGAAAAAGGCAAAAAAGACGACCACGUCCUCGCUCUCGUCCAAGACAAAGUAGUCCAAGAUGUCACCGGGGAAGAAGGCACCGGCAUCUGGUCCAACACCGAAGCCGUAACCGAGCACGUCCCCGCGCCUACCCUAACAGAAGCGCACUACCUACGCCUCGCAUCCUCCAACCGCGACGCGCGCAUCAAGGCCCGCGAAGUCAUGAAAGCUGACUUCGACCCUCGCCCCUUGAAAUUGGAGGGCGAGGAGAAGGACAAGUUCAUCGAAGACCUGCGGACGGCGACCUACCUCGCCUGCCUAUGCAGUUACAUCCAGGGCAUCAACAUUAUCGAGCAGGCGGACAAGCACAACAUGUGGAACAUCGACUACGCCGCCGUGCUGCAGAUCUGGGCCGCCGGGUGCAUCAUCCAGGCGGACUAUAUUGCGGAUUUGCUGCGGCCGGAGUUCGACGACUAUCAGAACCAGAAGAGCAUGAAUCUACUCUUUAAUGAGACGGUUGCUAAGGAGAUUAAGGAGGGGGUCCCGAGUCUGAGGAGGGUGUGUGCGAAGGGGACGGAGAGUGAUCAUGUCAUUCCGGCGCUGAGCGCGACGUUGGAGUAUAUUAAGUUCAUGACUAAUACCAGUUUGCCGACGUCAUUCUACGAGGCUGAGCUCGACUUCUUCGGCAAGCACAUGUUCGAUAUCAAGGGCGAGGCUGGUACGGGAGGGCCGACGGAGGGGAAACACCACUAUGAGUGGAGGCCUGCGUAA